AUGACUCCGAACCACCCUCUCCUCCUCUCCCCAUCCCUCCUCACCCUCACCCUCCUCUUCGCCCUCCCCGCCCACCCGGCCUCCCUAACCCCCCCCCCACCCAUCUCAAACCCCUCCCCCCCAACCGCCGACCGCUCCAUCGAAUGCUUCAACCUCACCACCCCAAAAGCCUACCCCGUCGACCCGAACGACUGCCCCCCCGCCAUCGACGCCCUCUACCACGACCCCUCCGGCGUGCCCUUCGCCUGGCAGUACGGCUCCUGCCAGGUCCUGCUGACCAGCGGGCUCCCGGGCGCGCUCGACACGUUCCGGCUCGCCGACGUCAUCGUGCAGGCGCUGCGCAUCAUCGAGGAGUGUCCGCCCCUGAGCAAGAAGGCGUUGGGGGGGCUGGGGCUGGUGGGGCGCGGGCAGGCGUUUUUUGUGGCGGUCAAUGGGCCCGAUUUGUCGCCGGAUGGGGAGGGGGAGGGGGAGGGGGAGGGGGAUGGCGAUGGGGGUGGAGAGGUGGAGGGGGGUGGGGAUGUGACGGGGCUGGGUUUCCGCGGUGGAAGUGACGGGUCAGGCGUUGAUGUUGUGGAUCCGGAUUGGGCGAGUGAAGGGCUGAUGGCAUCAUGA